GUCUGCGCGUGCGCGUAGCCCCGUGCGUCUCUCCCGCUCUCUCCCCCCACCCGUCGCCGGGGCACGAGCCGGCGGGCGGCGCGCGUGCGCGGGAGCGCGCGGGCCUGACAGGAGCCGCGGUGCCUCGGCGGGAGGCGGCGGGAAUGGCAGUGGAUAGUGUUGCACAAUGAUCGACUAUUUGGAAUCUUUGUACUGAAUGCCUUUGAUACCAUUAAUAUUUGAAAAUCGACCUUGCAGUCUAUUGUAACACAAGUGAAUAAGUCAUAACAAGAUCUGUACAAGGACAAGUUCCAAGAUUCUUCGCUGUAUAAGGCAGACAUCUCAGACGGGAUUCAGUAUUCUCCAAGGCUGUGAAAUCAUCUACUCAGUUUUGGGUUUAAUCUUCUUUUAUUGGGGUGUGACUAAUAGAGAGUAAUCUUUGAGGAAGCAGUUCUGAUUAUCUGCACAUGCGCCUUGAGCACAAAUGAUUACGGCCAGGUUAUAAAGGUGGACUUGAGCUUUUUCUCUUGCUACAUCACUACUCGCCCGUGUAAACAACAAAAGAUACGCUGCAGCUCUGAGAGGAGAAGCUGUGAGUCAUUUAAUGACCGGAUAAGGUCUCCAUUCUCAUGAUUUUUCUCAUAUGCUUUUCCUGGAGCCAUGGAUGAAUACAACCGCUUUGUGGAUUGGGAGAAAAUGGAUGUUACUGCCCAGACCCAAGACCCAAAGGAGCUAACCAGCACCGAAUUCCAGGAACUGAAACAGCUGGCCCGGCAGGGCUACUGGGCCAAGAACCACUCUUUGAGAGCCAAAGUGUACCACAAACUAAUUAACGAUAUUCCAUGCCGCACAGUGACUCCAGAUGCAAAUGUGUACCGGGACAUUGUUGUGAAGAUCACUGGAAAACGCAACAGUGGCUCCCUUCCACUGCCAGAGUUUGUGGAUAACAGCCUGGUUCCCACUUACUGCUUGAAUGCAGAAGGCAUUGGGGCAGUCAGGAAGAUAAUACUGUGCAUUGCAAAUCAGUUCCCAGACAUAUCAUUUUGUCCAGCGCUGCCCUCUGUGACAGCUUUGCUCCUCCACUACAGCAAAGAUGAGGCAGAGUGCUUUGAAAAGGUUUGUCGCAUCCUGGCUUGCAAUGAUCCGUCGAAGCGACUCAUUGAUCAGACAUUCUUAGCUUUUGAAUCCUCCUGCAUGACCUUUGGUGACUUAGUCAACAAGUACUGUCAGGCAGCACAUAAGCUGAUGGUGGCAGUGUCGGAGGAUGUGCUGGAGGUAUACUCUGACUGGCAACGCUGGCUCUUUGGAGAACUGCCCAUGAUAUAUAUUGCUCGGGUCUUCGAUGUGUUUCUGGUGGAGGGCUACAAGGUUCUCUAUCGUGUUGCACUGGCUCUUCUGAAAUUCUUUCACAAAGUCAGAGCUGGGCAGCCCAUGGAGUCUGACAGCAUACAGCAGGAUAUUCGAUCCUUUGUGAGGGACAUUGCCCAGUCAGUGCCUCCAGAGAGGCUUUUGGAAAAAGCUUUUGCUAUCCGGCUUUUCUCACGGAAGGAGAUCCAGCUCCUACAGAUGGCAAAUGAGAAGGCUUUACAGCAGAAGGGCAUCACAGUCAAACAGAAAAGUGUUGCAUCUCCUAAAAGGCAGAACGUGCAUUUAGCAGUUCAUGCUGAGAACUUCAAGUCUGAAAUUGUCAGUGUGAAAGAGAUGCGAGAUAUCUGGUCCUGGAUCCCAGAACGCUUUGCACUCUGCCAGCCCCUCUUGCUUUUCACAACCUUAGAACAUGGCUGUAGCCUAAGCAGGUUCUAUUCUCACAGUGAAGGACAUGAACCAACUCUUCUCCUCAUCAAGACUACAGCAAAAGAGGUCUGCGGUGCUUAUCUGUCAACUGAUUGGAGUGAGCGCAGACGAGGAGGGAACAAGCUGAGUUUCUUUGGCACAGGGGAGUGCUUUGUGUUCAGGCUACAGCCUGAAGUAGAACGUUACGAGUGGGUGAUAAUAAAACACCCAGAACUAGCCAUGAGCGUUUCUAAGCCAGAAAAUCAUGCUACACCGGCUUCCAGUACCCUUUCCUCCAGUGGUGUCCCAUCAGAUCCCUCAGAUCGCCUUUCUCCCUUCUUAUCUGCUCGGCACUUCAACUUGCCUUCCAAAACAGCCUCCAUGUUCAUGGCUGGCAGCAGCGAAUGCAUCAUUAUAGGAGGUGGUGAUGGCCAGGCUCUCUACCUUGAUGCAGAUCUGAACCAUGGAAGAACAAGUCACUGCAAUACUUUCAAUAAUCAGCCAUUGUGCUCUGAAAGUUUCCAGAUCUCUGUCUUGGAGGUGUGGGGCUUCAUGGACACCAUGAAUGGUUGACGUGAUUGUCAUCAAACAACUAGUUUUUCAGGUGUCUUAGGAUUCCCGAGGCAAAUUCUAAUGCAGGAGACAAGUUAAAAUAUAAUUUCCACUGGGCUCAGUAUUGUUUAGUAAUUACGAAGCAGCACACUUGAAUGCAGGGCUUAGUUGUUUACUCUUUUAUUUAAGACAGGUCAAGGAUGAAAUAGUGUAUCUAAUGAACUCCUUUUUACAUCUAGAGCUCUGGAUUCAGGUCUUGAUAUUAGAUAAAAAUGGAACUGUAAUGAUUUCAAACCAUCUAAAAUGGAUAUAAAUCCAUAUCAUAGGAUAGUUAUGCAGUUCAAUGCAAUGCAAGUCCUCGGAGGCACAGAGCUUGCUGAGGUGUACUGUAGAGCUGUGUGCCCCUGGCACCAGUAUCUGGCUUGAGCCAGUAAUACCCAAUUUCCACUCACAGGAACGUUGAAGAUCCCAGAUUUGACAUUGGGCACUGGUUUAUAAAAUCAUUGCCCUACUGUAAAUGGCCUUUGUACAAACAAAUCAUAAGUUGUUACCAGUACCUUUUGAUGAGUAAGCUACGAAAGCAUUCAGUUCACAAAAGAAACCAUGAUUGCUAGUUACCCUUCUCCUUGCACCUGAACCCUCAGCACUUUCCAAUUGCAUCUGUUUGAGGAGUUUGCCUCUAAGAAGAAGGCAUCUGGACUGGACAAGGAUACCUUAGAGGGUUAAUUUUGUUUACGUUCUUAUUCCAUAUCAGUAUAAUGACUUCAAACUGAUUCAUGUUUCGGGCAGCCAGAACCCGGUAGCUUGGACACUUCCCUUUCUUCAUCUUUCCUGGAAGAUGAAAUGAAGCUUUAAAUCCAGGAAUAAUUGGGGGAAUUAGCUGUUGAGAUACAGAAAAUUGUGCACUGUCCACGAGUAAAUGGAGGGAGGUGGAAGGGGAAUCUUCUGAGUAACAUUGUUGUGGGAGAGGACCAGUUUUCCCAGGAGAACUCUAGGUGACACUAUUUCUCCACAUUGUGAGUCUUCCCAGUGAUGAGAGUCCUGAAAAAGGUAACACUCCUGCCUCUGCAGUAUUCUUCUGGUAGAGCUUGGAUGAGGCAAAGAGGUUGUUUUUCAUCCCUGAGAAUUUGUGCGGUUCUCUUCUGCAAGCAUGCUUUGUGGUCUGUGAUAACUGGACGUGAUUUCCCAGUGUCUGUAUCUAAAACUUGUUCUGUCUGGCUGUGGAAUUUCUCCCACGUGAAGCACCUGUACAUAAACAUCCAGUCGAUGGUCGAGAGCAUCCCACUGAAAGCUCCCAAAACUUCAGUGAAUGGCUCACUAGUAAGAUUUGUCACUAUAGAUGAAAUGAGGGGAAAGAGGAAAUGCUGUUUUUUUCAGCAGUUCCAUUUAAACAUUUGCACUAGAGUGGGGGAGUGCUAUUUCUACUUAAACAUGAAGUUUAUAAAAGGGGAAACUUAAAAAUUGUGGUGAUAAAAUCUCAGCUAGGCUGGAGAGGGUCAUGUUAAUAUUCGGUAGUCACAGGUGAGUUUAACUGAUAACUUGUUCAGCUUGCCAGCAAAGAAAAUGUGUCAUGGUAGAAUGUUGCUUCAUGGAGAGCAUUUGAACAAAUUUGGAAUUUCUUCUUAAGGUGCCAUUCUGAAAAAAAAUUUCCAAACUAACUCCUUGAAAUAUUAGACUAUAUAUACAAUGUUUUAAGUGUGUUUUGCACUGUUUGUAUUUGCAACUAGAUUAUUUCACAUUGUCUGAAAGACAGCACCAGCCUCCCUUUUUUCCUGUUUGCCACUCAGUGAGUUCUGUCCAGCUGUUGAAUCACUUACUUCUUGCUUUUGUCAUAGGUUUACUGUAAGUUUUUAAUUGAACUGGAAGGGCUGAUAAAAUUCAGUUAUACUAAUGAGUAUCAACAGGAAGCCACUUCAACAGUCAUAUCUUAUUUCUACAAACACACUGCCUGAUACUGCCUUCUAUUACUUUUUUCAAAGCUAGCUGUGUCACUUUUGAUAUUUGCCAGUAUCCCAUGAGCUCCUUCAGACAAAAUCACUCAAAAUGUAUCCCAUUUAGUAGGAUCUCUUAAAUGUAGUGGGAUCUCUCACGUAAAGUUUUUUCCAUAUCUCCCCUCUUUGGAGCUUCUCUAGAAGUUGCCUUACAGAAGGAAAAAAAGAAGGCAUUAACUUUCAGCUCGUUAAGUUGUCAGGUUUCCUAGAGCUGUGUGUUGGCAGGAUUUGUGGGACUUCAGUAUUACAUUCAAAUAAAAUUAAUUGCUUUUAUCUGCAACAUCUUUCCUGCAGCUGGCAGAGGUGUUACGGUUUCUCUGUCCCCACCCCUGCAGCAUGGAAUUAUGUCAGAAAAACUUGAAUACUAUACCAUUUCUUAAGCCAUAUAUGAAAAAUACUGUUCCUUUCUCUUCUCUCUUCCUAGUACACAGAAAUUUGGGUGUUUGAUCUGAGAAAUCACUCAUAGUUGGUCACAAAUUCAUCUUAGCAUAUUAGUCUGAGAAUUCAAGGAGAUCGGUGAGCUUUAGCCAUCUGAGUCUCUUGGGCCUCUCUGAAAAGUUGGUCACAGGCCUUUGCCCAGAUUCUGUUGUCAGAUGAAUGCAGCUUCUGAUCACUCUGGCAGUGAAGAUCCACAAAGAACCCCUUUUAGCUAGCUUAUCUGGAUGGCCAGCUACACUCUUUUUGCACAGGACUAAGGAUAGAUCUUUUUUUGAUUCUUGAAGGAACACGUUACAUUUGGUGGCAACACUUGGUGGUUGGUAGUGUCUAACAUCUGGUCUCUAUCUAGGCACUUGCAGUUUCAGGGGAGGGUAUAUAUAUUUGGAGCAAACACUGCCCCACUAGAACAAUUUGAGCUAUGGCCUAUGUGGGUUUUGUCACUGUUUCAAACAGAUAGAUGGGGAAAUAGGUGAUCCUCCUUCUAUUGACAAUUCUAUUCAUAUCAGUCAUAGGAGGUGUAUGUUGUAGCAGUGGUUUUAGUUUGCUGUAGCACUGUCCUCCUGCAGAUAUCCUGGAAGACUAGUGUAGUUUGUAUGUUCUAAGUCUGAAUAGUCUAAAUAACCAAGAAGCUGCAGUAAUCUAGUGAGAGGAAUUGCACAAAGCUGUGUCAUCCUCCUAUGUUCCUUAGUUCAGUAAAAAUGAGUGAUCCUUUUCAUGUGCAGAUCUUCAUGAAUAAUUCUCUUUGUGGUAUUGAGACAGCUUAGAGGAACAGCAUGGUGACUUGAUUUCCUUUCCAGUAGCAAAGAGGCAUUUUUUGUCUGUGUAGUUAUAGCUUAUUGUUAACCAGUUAUACAUCAAGGUUCAUGUAUCAAGCCAACAGUUUGUGCGUUACAUGCAGAACUCUUGAAAUGGAGACAACAGAAUAGUUUUUAAGGCAGGUACAAUAUGCAUUCUAUCAGACAGUUAAAAUUAUCCGAAGUACCCCACCUGUGAAGUACUUUGAUUGCAUUAUAACUUUGAACAAUCACUGAUGUACUCUCCCUCGUCUUUGUAGUCCUGCUGGUAGUAAUGACAGUGAGUCCCAGUGUCGUUUGAAUAGCUCUUCAGUGUGAAGCCAAAGAGAUGAAGGCUGGGCAUCACCUACUGUAUUUCUGGAAGAGCAUAUCUGCUUUCCUGGGAAGCUGUUUUUGCUUUAUAAUAUUCUCUUGGACAGGCAGGGAAAGCAGAAAAGGCUAGGCUCUCUUGGUGUCAGAAAUAUGAAUUUAUUUUAAAUGGCAAUUAAGUUACUUCCAGGCCACAGGAACUAUCUCUAGCUGUUAGCCAAAGUGGCCAGGUUUUAUCACUAGACCUAAAAACUGUUAUUCCUACAAAUCAUGCACUUUGAAACAUUUUCUUUUUUGAUGAAAGAAGUUAAUGGAGGGGGAGGGAAAACUUGUAUUUUCUCUGUGUUGAGAAAACAGAAGGUCAAUUGGGGGUAAGGGGGUAUACCACUCUUUAAAGAGUUAAACUUAAUGCCAAUGGAAAUCUGUGUUUAGCCAUGAGGAGGUGGCACUCGCAUAUCAAUCAACUGCUGUUCUGUGUGUGUACAUUGAAAUUGUGUACAUUGUCCUUCAAAAUCUGUCCUUAUUUUUGAUGGGGUAUGAGUUUACCCUGCCUGCUGACUAUACAGUGGCCAUGGCAAUGCUGAUGCCACAGCAAGUGGGGACCAAGAACAGCUAUGGCACUGGAAGAGCUCAGCUGCUGCAACCAGCACCCGGAAUCAGUUCGACAGGCAGAUCAGAGGCUCAGACACCCAGCUGUUAAUAUGUGAGAUGUCUUUUUACCAGCCCUGUCUUUGUGAUGAGUUUUGUACUAAACUAUUCAUAGUCGAUAUGAAUGUGCAGAUUAUUUGGAGUGAUGUUUUUCUUCAGAUGAGUGGUGACGUGGUGCUGAAUUGAUUUUUCUACUGUUCCAUUGGGAUUGCUGCCCUACACUGAUGUUAUUUUUGUCACUAUAUAGCGUCUUGGAUUGUAUUAAAAGAUGUUUGACUGUGAA